AUGCCGUUAACAUUUAAUUGUGAAUACUGCAACAAACAAUUUAAAUCAUCACAGUCACAUUCUAACCAUUUAAGGAGACAUGAAAAUAAAAUUGAAGAUAUUGAAGAAAUUAUGAAAGAAAAUUAUGAAGAUAUGGUCCAUAAUAUAUGUGUUAAUGAAGAGAAAAAAAGAAAAAGUGAUGAAAUUGAUCAAAUUUUUGAGGAGAAUGAUAAAGAGUUAUAUAACAACUAUAAUGGAUAUAAUGACAAUAAUGAUAUUCAUUCUUUUAUUGCAAAUGAAUCAACAGAACUUGAUAAUGGUUUUUCAAAUGUAGUCUAUGCAGAAUUUAUGUCUAUGAUUGUCCAAUAUGAUAUUUCAAACAAAUUAGGUGAUGCUAUAUUAAAUUUUUGCAAAUCAUAUUGCAACCCAAAGUUUGAAUUACCAACUUCAACUAAAUCAGGAAGAAAAUAUAUGGACAAAUUAAUAAACCCAUUUUCCUCAUUUAAAAAGACACUUAUAUUAAAAGAUCAUGAUGUGGAAUAUUACCUUGAGCAUAGAUCUAUAUAUAAUGCAGUAUGUGAACUUUUAUCAAAUAAAGAUAUUGCUAAAUCAUGUGUAUUUGACUAUAAGUUUUCUUCAGUUUACAAAGAACAAUAUAAUGCACUAUGGUGGAAAGAGGCACAAGAAUCUUUAUUUCCUGGAUCCAAACUUAUCUCAAUUAUAUUGUAUUCUGAUUCAAGCUUAUGUGAUAAACUUGGAAAAACAUCAAAACACCCAAUCUACUUGUCCUUAGGUAAUAUUCCUUAUGAAAGAAGGAAUAAAGUUGAUGCAAAAGUCAUAGUAGGAUAUUUGCCAAUUAUUAGUUUGAAAGACAAAAAUUCAUCAACAAAUAGGUUAUUAAAACUCAAAAAUAAUACAAUCUUAUGUACAAUGAAAAUUUCUAUGAUUAUAGCAGAUUGGCUUGAAGCAUCAAGUUUUUGUCUCACAUAUAGUUCAAGCAAUGGUGAACAUCCUUGCCAUAGUUGCAUAACACCAAAAACCAAAUUUAAUAUUAUUGAUAUACCAUCAUCUGAAAUAGUUAUACAUACUAAAGAUCAAACAUUACAAAUAAUUGAAAAUGGUUUGGAGAAGAAAUAUUCUGUAUAUAAUCUUUGGAAUAUUUUUUGGAAUCAUUUAAAUCUUAACAUAUACACUGCAGUUAUACCAGAAAGACUUCACUGUGAUAUUGGUUUAUUUCAAUACCAACUUCAAUAUACAUUUGAGCUUUUAAAAGAAUUAAAUACUGAUUUUAUUAAAUUAAUGAAUGAAAGAUUCAAAGAGAUACCAAGGUUUAGGAAUGUCAAGAUUUUCAAAAAUGGGAUUUAUAACCUUGCUAAUUUUACUGCAUCUGAAUAUAGACAAGUCAUGCAACAAUCUGUAUUUGUAUUUGAUAACUUAGUUUCUACAAAUCAGGAUAUAGGUAAUAAUAUCACAGAAGUUUACCUUUUAUGGAUCAGAAUGUAUCUUUUUAGUUGGCUUACAGAAUUUACUGAAGAAAACUUGGAGGAUUUUCAU